AUGAGCAGUGGAAGCUGGAGAGAGCCUGGCGUUUUAAACUCCGCUGCAGCGAAAAUGUGAAAACAUCGAAAUUUGUUGGGAACAACAGAGCAGAAUAAUGACUUCUGGAAUGAAAGUGACCGUCAAGAGUCGCAUAGCGGUGGCUGCUUGGCGAUGGAUUGCAAAUGAUGAGAACUGUGGGAUAUGUCGGAUGCCGUUUGAUGGAUGCUGCCCGGAUUGUAAAUUGCCUGGGGAUGACUGUCCACUGGUGUGGCCAGUGUUCCCAUUGCUUCCACAUGCACUGUAUAGUGAAGUGGCUGAACUCGCAGCAGGUGCAGCAGUUGUGCCCCAUGUGCAGGCGCGAGUGGAAGUUUAAGGAAUGAUUGAGACUAUUCGAACAUGAAAUAGAUGUUUUGAUAACGGAUAAUAUGUCAGUGAAUCAAAAGAAAUUGAGAAAGGUUUAUAUAGGGAUUGUGAUAUGAAGUACCUUUUGGUUCAUGGAUAUAUGUACAUAUAAGUAGAUCAGUGAACAAAAUUGAAUCAGUAACUUUUAACAUGAAGAGUAAACUUUGCAAACGAACCUGUACAAGGUGUUUAAAAACUGGAAAAAAAAGAGACUUUUAGGAAGAGAGACACCAAAUGAACGGUGAAGUCAUGUGAAUGGAAAUGAGCCAUUUCAGAAACGAGGAUGUGCAUUGUGGUUUAUGGAGUUAUGAGACAGGCCAACAUGUCGUAGAGAAGAAAUGAGGAUGUGCAUUGUGGUUUAUGGUAGUUAUGAGACAGGCCAAGAUGUCGUAGGGAAGAAACGAGGAUGUGCAUUGUGGUUUAUGGUAGUUAUGAGACAAGCCAACAUGUCCUGGAGAA